AUGCCCCAUAGCGGCGGCUACGCAGCGCAGCGCCCUGCCGCCGCCGUAGAAGACGACCAGAGGACGACGACGCUACCUUCCCUAAUCCCGAUUCUGGAGCGUGCGGCGGCGGCGGAGAGUAGUAGGCCUGCCGGCUCUUUGGCGCUGCAGAUUAUUAAUAUGCGUGUCACAGAAUCUGGGCACCUUGAGUAUUACUUGGAGUAUAUUGACUAUACUGAAGAAGAGAAUGAAUGGAUCAGAGUCUUUCAAAAGAACCCACUCAGCCCAGCAUGCGGGGAAGGGAAAUCAAGUGAGAGUACUGAAAUAAUGUUGCGUCCUGCCUUUCCUCAUUGGUAUAGGGGGGGACAAGUUCCUGCGCGCUUUCCAAAGAAUGAGCUUGUUGCGAGUGUUUGUGAUACCUGGAAAGUAGGUGACAAGGUUGACUGGCAGUGUUCAGAUUGUUACUGGACUGCGGAAAUUAUUAGGUUGAACAGUAGAGAUGUGGUUCAGGUAAUGCUGUUGGAUCCUCCCAUGGGUGAAGGCGGGCAACAUCCUGCUAAGAAAAAGGACCUGAGGCCUGCACUUGAUUGGUCCAUCAUUAAAGGUUGGACUGUACCUCUUUCGGUGGCAAAAGGGAAAUCCUGGCAAGCUGCUCGUCUGGUUCAUCCUAAAUCUGAUAUAGAAGACAGCAUCACAGAUGAAGAUGAAACCCCGGGAUCUCCAACCAAAAGGCCCUCAUCGGACACAAGCGGCAUAUCUAAGCUAAGCAAUCGGAUCGACACCAUCCUGGCGUCCACGGAAAAGUUGGAGCCGACACACGAAUCAUCAGACCCCAGUCGACGGGGUACCCACAGUUCCAGUAAGCGACAGAUAUCUCCUGCUACUGUCAAAGGAGCUGCUAUGGCAGAACCCGACGGGCCCUCUAAUGGAAACGGUUCCCGCCGCCGGUACCCCUUUCGGGUCCGGAGGAACGCAGCGGGGCAGCAGAGAUAA